GCAACCACCAGUCACCAGUCACCAGUCACCACUCACUCCAGUCAAAUCAUCCGCCACUGCUCCAAACCCGUCUGGAUUCAACGAACCAAGACCCGGCGGCCGGCGGCGACGAGGGAGAUGGAGGCAGCAGCGGCGGAGGUGAGGUACGGGAUAGUCGGGGUCGGGAUGAUGGGGCGGGAGCACCUCCACAACCUGGCCCACCUCGCCGCCGAGGUCGGGCGGGAGCAGUCCGUCAAGGUGCGGGUCACCGGCCUCGCCGACCCCCACCAGGAGUCCCUCCGCCUCGGCCUCCAGCUCGCCGACGAGCUUGGUCUCCCCGCUCCACAGACCUUUUCAGGCCACCGCGAGCUGCUGGACAGCGGGCUCUGCGACGCCGUCAUCGUGUCGUCCCCGAACAUGACCCACUACGAGAUACUCAUGGACAUCAUCAGCCACCACCAGCCGCACCACAUCCUCGUCGAGAAGCCCCUGUGCACCACGGUGCAGCACUGCAAGAAGGUAAUUGAAGCGGCCAAACAGCGACCAGACAUAAUUGUGCAAGUUGGAUUGGAGUACAGGUACAUGCCACCAGUGGCAAAGCUGAUAGAUAUCGUUAAGAGCGGUACACUGGGGCAAGUCAGAAUGGUGGCCAUACGUGAACACCGUUUUCCUUUCCUUGUUAAGGUAAAUAACUGGAACAGGUUCAAUUGCAACAGUGGGGGAACUCUGGUAGAAAAGUGCUGCCACUUCUUUGAUUUGAUGAGAUUGUUUGCAGCUGCCAACCCAGUUCGUGUGAUGGCUUCUGGAGCCAUCGAUGUUAACCAUAAGGAUGAAAAGUAUGAUGGAAAGGUCCCAGAUAUAAUUGAUAAUGCAUAUGUGAUUGUAGAAUUUGAUAAUGGCUCUCGUGGCAUGCUUGAUCUCUGCAUGUUUGCUGAAGGAAGUAGAAAUGAGCAAGAAAUUUCUGUGGUUGGUGACACUGGGAAGGGUGAAGCUUUCGUUCCAGAGAGCAUUGUCAGGUUUGGAAAGAGAACAGAAGGCAGAGAUGGAGUUGUAACAAUAAUGGCCGAAGAUGAACGGAUCAAGUAUCAAGGUCUUCAUCAUGGAUCCAGCUACUUGGAGCACCUCAACUUCUUGUCUGCUAUAAGGGCUCAAGGUGCCUGCGGACCUUCUGUCAACUUAAGCGACGGUCUACUAUCUGUUGCCAUCGGCGUGGCUGGUCAGUUAUCAAUUGAGCAAGGCCGGUUUGUGACCAUGGAAGAGGUCUUAGGUUCUUAGGCUGAUAAUUCAGGUGAAACACAGUUGGACAUGCCAAUGAAUUGUAAAUCCUUCUUCUGUAGAUUAGGUACAGUACACGGACUCGAGAAUGCUCCCAACUCCUGAGCUUACCAAUGUUAUAAUAACAGGCAUUUGAAAUCGUCAUGGAAAGCUGUAUCUUCAACCCAUUUGAUGUGAUCAGCGGACCAUACGAUUUUUUUUUAAUCUGCACUGUAUCUCUUAGUUUACCUCCAAAUCUUUGAAGUUCAAUGCGUUA